CUGGGAAGGCAGCAGCACCAGAUCCAAGAUGGCGGCCAGCAGGAGGCUGAUGAAGGAGCUUGAAGAAAUCCGCAAAUGUGGAAUGAAAAACUUCCGUAACAUCCAGGUUGAUGAAGCUAAUUUAUUGACUUGGCAAGGGCUUAUUGUUCCUGACAACCCUCCAUAUGAUAAGGGGGCCUUCAGAAUCGAAAUCAACUUUCCAGCAGAGUACCCAUUCAAACCACCGAAGAUCACAUUUAAAACAAAGAUCUAUCACCCCAACAUCGAUGAAAAGGGGCAGGUCUGUCUGCCAGUAAUUAGUGCUGAAAACUGGAAGCCAGCAACCAAAACCGACCAAGUAAUCCAGUCCCUCAUAGCACUGGUGAACGACCCCCAGCCCGAGCACCCGCUUCGGGCUGACCUAGCUGAAGAAUACUCUAAGGACCGUAAAAAAUUCUGUAAGAAUGCUGAAGAGUUUACAAAGAAAUAUGGGGAAAAGCGACCUGUGGACUAAAAUCUGCCGCGAUUGAUUCCAGUGAGUGUGAGCAGAGACCCGAGCAGUGCAUUCAGACACCUCGCAAAGCAGGACUCUGUGGAAAUUGACAUGUGCCACCGCCUGGCGUUCGCUUGUGGCAGUUACUAACUUUCUACAGUUUUCUUAAUCAAAAGUGAUAUAGGUAACCUGUAAAGAAAGGAUUAAAAAUUUAAGAUGUUCUAGUUCUGCUCUCUUUGUUUUAAAAAUCACUGCUUCAAUCUACUCUAAAAGAAUGGUGUUUCUUUUCUUGGUCCAAAUUUAUCCAAAGUCUUCAAUUUACAUUUAGACCUUAAAGUUUAACAUAAAACGUUGUGGUUCCCUUUCUUCCCCUGCCCUUGCAGCUCCCACUUUCUGGCAUUCAGUUGAUUUUUCACUCGUUCACUUCCCCAGACCCAGGCCCUGUCUCCUCCACAAAGGAGAGAAGACGGCUCUCUCCAGUCUGGUGGCUUCUCUUCUCCCAUAUUGCACUGCCCAGUGUGGGAGUUUGUUCAAAUUAUACUGGCUCCAAUUUAUAACAUCCUUUUUUAAAAAACUUAAAAAGCAAACUAUCACCGCCACCACCCCCCAAAAAAAAGCUGUGAAAAGGGAGGCCCAGCUCUUAUGUAAAAAAUCUGGCCAAUGUUACCACAAUAACGUUGAUUAAAUGGCAACCUAGUGUCUGUGUGUGUGACUGAACUCCAGCCUGGCCCGGCCUGCUUGGGAAAACCCUGCAAUAUCAGGCCUGUGGCCACCCCAGGGCAGGGCCUGCCAGCCAGAGGACACUGCACUUGUGCGAGGAAUUUUUCAUCAGGGAGGCUCCUGAGGUCGAAGGUUGGUGCUCCUCCCUGCAGCCAUUUUAGAAGAUGUGUUGGUCAUUGCAGACAACGCUAAAGCCAGAAUGUCUCGUUGAAAUUCCACGGUCACCUGUCAGCAAGCUCCAUCUGAAUGUGCCACAGAGCUCGCUCUCCAACUCCUCAGUGCAGCAGCCCCACUUCAGCCCUCCCUCAGCACGGUUUGACUCUGCGGGGUUGGAAUUGGCAGGACUCGGCUAUAGCCAGCACCAGUCCGGGGUCACUGGAACCCUGCUGGCCUCUUCUUUCGAAGCAGCGGGCCAGGCCAGCUCAGCCCAGGAACAAGACGGCCUUCCCUCUCCCUCUGGACUCACAGCCUUUGCAGAGUCAAGCUCCACUUGAAGCUCACUCAAUAAUAUCCUUUACAUGUGUUUUAUAUUGUUUUGACUGCCUUUUUUUGUAGAAAUAAAAAUUGACCUUAGACUUUAUCCUCA